UCCUGUCUCCUCCCGACACGCUGACACACGGACGGACAGACGCACUCACACACGCACGCGCUCCAGGCCACUCCGCUUGCCUCGUCUCCCCUCAGUCGGUGAUCUGAAGCUCGCGGUGUUCGCUCGUUAUAGUCAUUGUUAUCGUUUCUACUUUCGUUCUGAAUUCGAUGGAUGUUUCUGUGUGAUUAAGGAGAGAUAUAUAUGCGUAUAUGUUGUUACUGUGUCGUGUUUGUUUUAAGUAAUAGUGUUCGUGUGUGAUACGGACUUAGGAAAAGUCAUGUGUUGUGUUUAGAACUUCGAUACCUGUUGAUGUCAAACAGUGAACCAGUUCCUUCUGUUUUGAAGACGUGAUAGUGGGUGUGUGUGUGACGUGAACAAAAAAAUACGAAAGGGAAGAACUGAAUACUAGAAAACAAAGGAAUAACAGAAUAAGGAAGAAAAGAAGAGAAAUUAUUUUACCUGCGACUUGCCUUGACCCCAGAGUUUGAGACGUCAUGCUGUCCUCUCAGGUCAGCGGACAGGUCACGGCCUGCAUACUUCUAGGCUUACUUAUGACCUGUUUUGACCCAGGAAGCUGCGUGUGUUACUUCAGCCUCGAAUACCAAGGAGUUUACGCCACCCAGAGCAUCAUCAGUGGCGGUUCGACUAUCCAGUACCUCGAGGUCGCCAUUGAAGCCGAUUCCAUCCCUAUUUGGGGGAACUGUCACCGUCGACUGGGAAAUAAUGUUAUUCUCUAUGAUACCACCGGCGGAACGGACUGCGUGCGCUGUUUCCACCUGCAGUUCCGCUCAAGGCAUAUCCUGGAAGUGCACAACGAAGGGCUGGAAAGAUGCUACACCAAUGAGGACGCCGCAUUGCAAACCUGCCCGACGCUUGAGGACAUUCGCAACAGGGAGACGAGGGAGAUUAUGUUGUACAAAACCACCACGAUCGAGGGCCAGGCACUUGACCCCGUUUACUGCCCACUUAACGGUCGGUUUCGCAUGACCUACAACAUUAACGACGGCCGGGAGAGUGCCACGGAGUGCCCAGAACCCACCUCGACCCUCGCUAACUGCCCGAGAGGAAAUGCCUUCACUAUGGACCUUCAUCGUUGUAGUUUCGGGGACUUCUCCAAGAGUUACGAGUGCCUGGGAGACUGGGAAGGCACCGACGGGCAGCGCUACUUGGCACUCCAUGACCCGACCGCCCUCGCUGCCGCCGACUCUGACCCUCCCCCGCCCCGAUUCCGCUGCGCUAUGUACAAGCUCGAAGAAGGGACCGGCAGCAUCUUCCUCUCCCUCUCCUACGACUCCACGUGCAUCAACAAACUCCACUCCGCCUGGGAAGGAUACGAGACUCUUGUCCUCACGCCCACGCCGCCCAAGACGCCCGCAUCUGAGGCAACGGCAGCCAACUGCCAAUUCCCUGACUGGGCACAAGGGCAAUGGGAGAACCUCAAAGUGGAGGGCAACCAGCUGACCUACACUGACCUCAUCUCCUACAAGACCUAUCGGGCGUAUUGCCUGGAGGAGGAGAUCGCUGGCUUGAUCCCAGUCUACACGCAGUCUCAGUGCGGCGACGAAGCUUUCACGUGUCUGGCGAUGCAGGAGAGGAGCUCGAACGUCAUGGAGUUUCAGAUCAGUCCCGACGUGAAGACGAAGUACGAGGUCGGCCUGUGUUCCUCGCCGGCGUCGCUGACCUGGGACGCCUGGGUGACUCAAGGGCGCGUCGACAGGUUUAAGCAGUCCCCUUGUCCUGUGGCCGGUGAAUAUACAGGCGUUAUUCCCGAUGCAACGAUACUCUGCGCCAAGUUGUAUUCUGAUUGCAAUAACCCUGAGAUCAUGUUCUACACUGUGUUUUCGUGUUAUAACCGCUCUGAAGUCAUUGAAGAGCGCGAGUACCGGUGCCUCGGCCAGUGGAGCGAGACCACCGUGACGUACACCUACACGGAGCGGCGAGACCAGGCAGGCUACGAGUGUUUCGCGGGCGUCGUAGUGAGCGAUGGCGAAAUCUACAUCAUGGAGGCGGGUGUUAACUGCCAGAGAGGGCUGGAGGCGAUGUCCUACGGGAUGAAGCUCGUGAAGCAAGCGCCCUGCCUGAACGACGCCGCCAUGGCCCCACGCCCAUACACGCCCCCGCCCACCCACAGGCCCUGGUGGAAUGACACCCGCAACCCAUGGACCAAGAAAGCCUCCUCCACCACGCCCAAACCCGCGAGGAAAGACACAUCGAAGGGCGGCGUGUCUCCUCGCGCUCCGACGCCCAUUCUCAUCCCCGUGGGCGUCCUGGCUGUGCUCCUGGUCUUCUGCCGAGUGUGGGCGUAGGUGGAGCUCGUGACGUCAUUGGAGAUUCCUGUUUUUUUUUCUCGAAGCAAACUGAUUUUCUUUUUUUUUAGUCGUGUUGCUCCGCCCACUCCUCCCGCCUGCUGUGAAAAUGCAUUGUGGGAAAUGUUUAAGAUUCAGAGCAUUAUUGUAUACUAAAACAUUGCAUUUUUUUUAAAAACUAUAUGCAUUACUUUAUACCAUAUCGUGAGGAGAGAGGGAGAGAGAGAGAGAGAGAGAGAGAAAGAGAGAGAGAGAGAGAGAGAGAGAGAGAGAGAGAGAGAGAGAGAGAGAGAGAGA